AUGGCUACGAGGAUACAAUUCAUGUCAGACCUUCACUUGGAAAAACGCAAGUACGACUACGACAUUCCUUGCGCUGCAUCCCAUCUGGCCCUCGUUGGAGAUAUUGGACGCUUUUGUGACUACGACGACUAUGCCGGUUUCCUAAGACUUCAGUGUCAGAUUUUUGAUCGUGUACUCUUGGUUGCCGGCAACAAUGAAUACUACGGCUCGUCGCGACAAGAAGGACUGGAUGCUGCGAACAUGCUGGUGCAAGAUCCGACCUUGCAAAAGAAGCUGGUGUUUUUGAAUCGUACGAGAAUCGACCUAGCAGGAUCCAAUAUCAUCGUGCUGGGGUGCACCCUUCACUCUCACAUUCAACCCGAUUGCGCUCAAUUGAACAAAGAUUUCGGAUGUAUCAGGGAUUGGUCCAUCGAGAAUCAUAACAGAGAACAUGAGCUAGACGUCGAGUGGUUGCGUACAUCACUUCGACACAUUGCUGACACGGAUCCUCAUAAGGAGGUCAUCAUACUCACUCAUCACGCCCCAUCGUUCAAGGACACAUGUCAUCCUAUGCACGAGAACAACGCUGUGAGUCAAUGCUUUUGCAGUAAUACGCUGGAUGCCUUUCGAACGUGGAGAGGUCACGAACAAGUGAGCAAUUGGGUAUUCGGACAUACACAUUGGAACGCUCGUUUCAUGUGUGGGAACACGACGGUACAAAGCAAUUGUCUGCCGAACCAACCUCGUAAUCUCACUUGGUGGCAGAGAUAUCUGAUGUAUAGACCGUUCGACCCACGCGCAGUCAUUGAUAGCCGUCUGGCACGAUCUUGGAGUGAUUGGAUUUUUGGCAGCUAG